GGUGAGGUUUUUAUUCAUUUGUUCAUUCAUUGUUGAAUCUUUCGUCCUUGGUCGGCCUGAAGAUGACUACUUCUGAUGUUAGGCUCAACCACACAAUCUAUAUCAACAACUUGAAUGAGAAAAUCAAGAAGGAUGAGUUGAAAAAGUCACUCUACGCCAUCUUCUCACAAUUUGGACAGAUUUUGGACAUUUUGGUUGCCAGGAAUGUGAAGAUGAGGGGUCAGGCCUUUGUUAUUUUCAAAGAGAUUAAUAGUGCCUCCAAUGCUUUGCGAUCCAUGCAGGGUUUCCCGUUCUAUGACAAACCAAUGCGUAUCCAGUAUGCCAAGCAGGAUUCAGACAUCAUAGCUAAAAUGAAAGGUACUUAUGUGGAGCGUGAUCGUAAAAAAGAGAAGAAGAAGCCCAAGGGGAGCGACACACCUGGCUCUAAGAAAGGUGUACCAGGAGCUGCGGGCAUGGUUGCUGGAGUGCCUUCAGCAAUGCCUGGAAUGCCUCCCAUGAGCCAGGCUCCUCGGAUGAUGCAUAUGCCAGGCCAGCCGCCCUACAUGCCACCACCAGGCAUGAUGCCGCCUCCUGGGAUGGGACCUGGUCAGAUGCCUCCUGGUGCUAUGCCUGGUCAAAUGAUGCCUGGACAAAUGCCCCAACAGGUGGCAGAAAAUCCUCCUAAUCACAUUCUCUUCCUCACCAACCUCCCAGAGGAGACAAACGAGCUCAUGCUCUCCAUGCUCUUCAACCAGUUCCCAGGGUUCAAGGAGGUGCGUCUGGUUCCUGGUCGCCACGACAUCGCCUUCGUGGAGUUUGAGAAUGAAGUGCAGGCUGGUGCUGCCAGGGAAGCACUACAAGGCUUCAAGAUUACCCAAACUAAUGCUAUGAAGAUCUCCUUUGCAAAGAAAUAACAAA